AUGUUGGAUGGCCUCUUGAAAAGUCAAAUCAAAAAAGGAAAAUCACAAUCUGCCUCACCCCAUGAUGAGGUGGUAAGCCACGAGGCUAAAUCCGACAAAUCUUCUCAGUCUCCAACCCCAGCUAACGUUGAUAAAAGGGACAAGAGAGAGGAACAAGAUCAAGAUAAAUCUGAUAAGCCCGAUCAAUAUCUCAAGAGAUAUCCCAAAUGGGAGGUGGAAACACCUCAGAGGUUUGGUAAUGUUUCAAACGUUCGAGAUAAGAAACCGCAAACGGCAUCUUUUGUGCAUAAGCUCUACUCCAUGUUAGAAGAUCCGGAGCUUAAUAAUAUUAUAUGGUGGCAUUCCAAUAAAAUGUCCUUUCUUGUAGCUCCCACUGAAGAGUUCACCAAAAUUCUUAGUGUCUACUUCAAGCAUGCAAAUAUCGCAUCAUUCAUUCGUCAACUCAAUAUGUACGGGUUUCACAAAGUCAACGACAACAGCAAAGAUAUCAAAGAUAAAGACAAAGAUAAGGAUAAGGAUAAUAAUGACCCUGAUUCCAACACUGAUUCUCCUACAACUAGUCGUUCUCGCAAGGGAUCUUCCUCCUCUUCUUCCUCUGCGACCUCUCCUUCUGUUUGGGAGUUCAGACACAGUUCUGGAUACUUCCAUCAAGGUAGUGUUGAAGGUCUUUCUAUGAUCAAAAGAAAAUCCUUUAGAAAUACCAACGCUGAGAGAGAGAUUCACAGUAUUAAGAUACCUUAUGUUCCGGGAUUGGGUGAGUGCGAGGCUCAAAGUUACACUCCUCAUCGGCGAAGUACUGCCCCGGGGGGACCUCCAAUAGCCCAGAAUUUUGCACAAGCAAAUGCACAGGCUCAGAUGCAGGCUCAAGCACAAGCUCAAGCACAAGCACAAGCUCAAGCUCAAGCACAAGCUCAAGCACAAGCACAAGCACAGCAGCAAUACUCUCAACAUCCCAUGGGCAUCUACGAGCCAGAUAUUCAAGUACAACAGUUAUAUCAGCUUCAGAUUCAGCAAUUCAAUGAUCUGUCUGUAAAGAAUGCGGAGUUAUAUAGAGCAUGCAUGACAGUCUUACACACAGACGAACUCUACAAGAAUGCUCUUGCCAGUUCUAACUACGAUUCGGUUGCUCUUAUUGAUAUGUUUAAGGAAAUCGUUUCUAUAGCGACGUCUCCAGCAAUACCCAAAGAUUCCAUGAAGGAAGCCAUGCAACAUGUUGUAACCCGCCUUGAUAAUCUUCGCGGUAGCAUUCUUCAACGUUGUGCUUCUCAAGAUAUGAACUGGCACACCAUUAAGUCAGAAUUUGGCUCGUCAAAUGAAAUAUAUUUGCAGGCACAGCAGCAGCAACAGCAGCAGCAACAGCAGCAGCAACAACAGCAACAGCAGCAGCAACAACAGCAACAACAACAGCAACAACAGCAACAACAACAACUGCUGCAUCAACAACAACAGCAACAACAACAGCUGCAACAUCAACCUCUUCUACAACAGCAUAGAUCACAACAGCUGCAACCGCAGCAAAUAUACUCAAAAGGCGGUAGUGUUUCUGGACCUACAACUGCACAUGCAUCAACGUCAAGUAAUACUCUUCAGGCCUCCUACCCUCCCCCUCAAUAUGCAUAUGGGUAUGAUCAGCAAAAACCAGUGCUUCAUAAGGAUAUUCGAUAUAGUGUUUCGUCCAACAGAUCGCGUAAUCUAUCUGUGUUUGACCCUCUACAACCGCUGCCCUCACAAUCCCAGCAGCUACGACCAAGAACACCUAGUGGUACUAGUGUUGGCACCAAUGGAACUUUAGGGGCUCUGGGCGGGCCAUCAGCGGGUUCUGCGAUUGCUGCAGUCAAUCGUUAUUCCAACGGUUCGAUUGGUCCUGGAAUGGGCCCCCCUCUGCCUGCGGGAUAUCCGGUUCCCUAUGGAGGGCCGGCUCAGCAGUUAAGAACGUAUUCUCCUGGUCAAAAUUACUAUGGAAAUGAGGAGAUAGGGACAAGGUCGUCUUCGAUGACAUCUCAGCCUCUUUAUCAGCCGCGACAACAAUCCCAGGGCGAGCAACCCUCAGGAGCAGGGAUAACAACGACGGCGGCAGUAAAGAAGUCUGUACCUCCGGCUCCAGCUCCUAUUGUUUGUGCACCUGACGAAAACAGACCGCCUCCUGUGUAUAAUCUCGGCAAGCCACCACACUCUGUUCCUUCAGCUACGAUCUCGCAUGAUAAACCUGCUGAAACCGACGUUAAAUCACCUCUUGUAAAGUUGGGACCCGUGGCGACGACUACCACCACAGUAGGCUAUUCUGAUCCUGUGCAAUCUAGAAGUAACUCUUUGGAAUCUUCACACUCUGUUGGUGGUGGUCAUACUGUUUAUUCCUUACUUAAUCAUGGAGCUGCUCAGAAGCCACAACUUCAAACUCACCGACGAAAUUUAUCAUCUACUCAGCCCUCGACACAUGCGCCUCUCGAAGUGGUUCAUAAGAGAGAAAUUGAUGUUUCAGAAGGAGCUAGUAGAGCUGCCAAACGAGCCAAAGUUUAG